CAACAGUCAACAUGUGCCUAUUAUGGCUGCUUGAAACUAUUAUUGAUGUUUAGAGUAUUCUUUUGGGUCGUAUUAUAAUACAAAUAUGGAAUUGAAAUUUAUUAACAGCAUAGAGUGCAAACAGGGAGCUGUACGAGCUGUGCGGUUUAAUGUCGAUGGCUCAUAUUGUCUUACCUGUGGGUCAGACAAAAAAGUGAAACUUUGGAAUCCGUACAGAGGCGUAGCCCUCAAAACAUAUGGCGGCCACGCUAACGAAGUACUGGAUGCCUGCGCAUCAUGCGAUAGUAGUCAAGUCGUUUCGUGUGGAAUGGAUAAAUCUGUGAUUGUUUGGGAUGUUGCCACUGGCAACCCAAUUCGAAGACUCAGAGGACAUGCAGGGCCAGUAACUACUGUGAGAUUUAAUGAGGAGUCCACCAUGGCAAUCUCAGGAUCUCACGACAACUCAGUUAUGUGCUGGGAUGUACGCUCUCGGAGUCAGGAUCCUGUGCAAACCCUUCGAGAAGCGAAGGACACAGUUUCAAGCAUCAGGGUUUCAGAUCAUGAAAUUUUGGCAGCUUCUUAUGACAGUAGAAUCCGCAGAUACGACAUACGUAUUGGUGAACUGCUGGUUGAUUACGUAGGAGAGGCGGCAACAUGUGCAAGUUUCACGAGAGAUGGUCAGUGCAUCGUAAUCAGCUGUGGGGAUGGAGUGAUACGUUUAAUGGAUAAAGAUACUGGAGAGUUACUUGGAGAAUUCACUGGGCAUGCAGCAGAAGAUUUGUGCUUGGAAUCAAGUGUCGAUUGCAAAGAUACACACAUUUUAUCUGGUUCCGGUGACGGAAAAUUAUGGAUUUGGGACUUGGUCACGCAGAAAGUUGUGCAGAAACUGUCAGACGACAAACUAUCAGUGAAGACACAUCCUGUUGUUUCUAUCUGUGUACAUCCACAGAGAAACUGUAUCUUAGCUGCCAGUGGUGGUGCGGUUUUGAUGUGGGAUACAGACGAAAAUAAUUCAAAACAUUGAUAAACUUGCUGAUUUAUCAUUGCACGAAUAAGAUACUAUCUGCUGUUACGUGUUACUUUCCC